AUGAAGUUCAUCUCUGCAAUCGUCGCCUUCUCUGCCAUCGCCGCCUUGGUCCAGGCCGUACCUGUUGUGAACUCUGCCGCAAUUACAGAAACCGCUCAGAAAGCCACUGGAAACCCCAUAGGCACCGCUCAGGAAGCCACUGGAAACCCCAUAGGCACCGCUGAGAAGAUCAUUGGCCUCGCUGCCAAGCGCAGCCUCCAGGCUCCUGGUCUUUCCUCCGAGUCAGGUCUGACCAAGCCUCUUUCCGUCUCCCAACCCAGAGAUGUCGUCAAGCGCGAUGUCAAGGCCAAUGCUAAUGCUGAUGUCGAGAUUAAGGCCAAGAUCAACGCCAUCAUCAACGCUUACAUCCAUGCUCUCGUCGACGUCAAGGUCAAGGUCAACUUGGCUGCCAAGGUCCUCGCCGCGAUCAAAGCCAAGGUGGGCGUUCAAAUCACUAAUAAGCUGGAGCUCGAGAUCUUGGCUGCCAUCAAGCUCGCCAUCAAUGCCCACGUCAACGUCAAGGCCAUCGCUGGCAUUAAUGCCGAGAUCGAUGCUAUCCUCAAGCUCGUUGCCAAUGCCAACGUCAACGCUGUCGUUGAUGUCGCCGCCAAGGCUGUUGUCGAUAUCGACGCUCUGAUUGCCCUCAAGGUCGAGGCUAUUGUUGCCAAGGUCAACGUCAGUGCCCUCGUCAACGUCAAGGCCGCCAUCAAUGUCGCCAUCAAGGCCGCCAUCAAGGCCAACAUCAAGGCCGACGUCGACCUCUACGUCCUCGCCCUUGCCAAGAUCGAGGCGGCCAUUGUCAACGUCAAGUUGGACGUCAACGCCUUGGUCAAGGUUGCCCUUGUCGAUAUCCACGCUCUUGUUAACAUCAAGACCGAUAUCCAGGCCCUCGUUGACCUCAAGCUCAACGCCAGCGCCAAGGUCAACUAA